AUGUUGCUCGGCUUCAUGGGGGGGGAGGACUAUGCCGAGCCCAUUCUGCUGAACACGCACCACCUGCCAGUGGCUGAGAAAGCUUCAAAGAACUGCGCCGGAGAGCUGGUUGUUGAAGAGGAGCGCACUGAUCUCAUUUCACUCCUUAUUGAGGCCUAUUUGAAAUACAAGGUGACAAAGGCUCACUACUUGGAUGGAUGGUGUGAUUGUUCAUCUGGUGUCUUUGUUCCGGCUGCUCAUGACCGAAUCUGGCACCGGUGGGCUUGGUCAGGUGCAUGGACGGCCAAGGGGGUGACGAGUUUCCUGAGUGCAGAGCGGGAGGAUCAUCCAAUGUGGACAGAGACUUGGCUCAAGCGGCAAGAACGACAUGCGGAUUACAAUGUGCACACGGCACAGGACUUUGCAAAGACUCCUUUACCGAAUCCGGGGAGGCCUUUUCAAGACUUCUUCCAGUCGUAUGGGCCGUUUGGGAGGACUUUUGCAAGCAUCUCGGAGCUUUAUCACUACCUUUUUGUGGACGUCGUUUGGGGCUAUAUUUCCUGGUUCAUCUCGGACCUACGCGGGGCCAUGGAGUGGCUUUUCUUGGAGGUUUUGACUCUGGAAAGCUUGAUCGCUUCACUCAAGAUUUGGCUGGACGUUGAAGCUCAACUUGAGAAGUUGAAGUACAUUGUAGUUUGGACUCGUAGUGCCUCAGCCUUUAUUUUGGGCAUUUGGGCAGGCUUGACUUAA